CCUGUCAGGAACUCCAAUCGCUUGUCGAGAUCAUCGCUCUGCCCAGGCGGUUGAGUCGAUCUUGGCUCCCUCCAAUAAGAGAUCGGGGCCUAACUAUGGCGGAGAAGACUCAAAAGAGUGUGAAGAUUGCUCCUGGAGCAGUUGUAUGUGUAGAAAGUGAAAUCCGGGGAGACGUAACUAUAGGACCUAGGACAGUGAUCCACCCUAAAGCACGAAUUAUUGCAGAGGCUGGGCCAAUUGUGAUUGGUGAAGGUAACCUAAUAGAAGAACAGGCCCUUAUCAUAAAUGCUCAUCCUGAUAAUAUCACCCCUGACACUGAAGAUCCAGAACCCAAACCUAUGAUUAUUGGUACCAAUAAUGUGUUUGAAGUUGGCUGUUAUUCCCAAGCCAUGAAAAUGGGAGACAAUAAUGUUAUUGAAUCAAAAGCAUAUGUAGGCAGAAAUGUAAUAUUAACAAGUGGUUGCAUCAUUGGGGCUUGCUGCAACCUGAAUACGUUUGAAGUCAUCCCUGAAAAUACAGUGAUCUAUGGUACAGACUGCCUUCGUCGGGUGCAGACUGAGCGACCACAGCCCCAGACACUACAGCUGGAUUUCCUGAUGAAAAUCUUGCCAAACUACCACCACCUAAAGAAGACUAUGAAAGGAAGCUCAACUCCAGUUAAGAACUAAGAACAGUAUAUGAAAGGAUAACAUUUUGUCUUUGACCACUGUCUUUUGAAAGGGCCGCAGUUGUUGAUACACUCUUAGCAGUUUAUGGAACAAUACCUGUUGACUUUUUUUUUGUAAAUUGAGUUUUAGAGGAAAGUAAUGGAUUUUCAUUGUAACUGUCCCCUAUAAUUUAUAUAAAAUGUGUUAUUUUCCUAUAUCUUUGCUCCUUUUAUGAUAAUUUACAAAUUUAUUCUUUUGUUAUAUAAAUGUUAGCCAUAAAUAUUAGUUAUAUAAAAAACUACCCAAAAUAAAGAGCAUAUUGUUGUGUAUUUCUAUUCUGGUAUACACUAAACUAAAUAAAAAUGUUGCUAACAGGAUUGUUAGUGAGCAAACUUUGAUCAGCUUUUCUACUUGCAUUAACUUUCCCAAAAUAACUCUUAAAUUUUUGUGUGUAUUAGCUAUAGUAGUGUUUACCUUUUUCAUUUGUGGGUUUGUGGUUGUUUAAAAUUUUUGAAUUAAUUUAGACUUCGUUUUAUUUCCAAGAAAAUAUGUUUUUCUUUGUAGUAAAACAAGUAAUCCAGAUGUAUUCAGAGAAUGCAAAGUCAAAGAUAAUGGUGUCAUAAGAAUGAGAAGUAAAUGACCAUUGGGAGUAUUCCUGGGUUUUGAAGACAGUGAGCUAAAAGAUUUUGGUAUGUUUAUAAAUUCAUGAAAUUAUUUUGAUAUAUUAAUCACUAUUGACCCUGCUAUAAUUCUAUUUGAUUAUAUAAUGUCAAAAUAUUGAGGAUUCCAGGGUUUUUUUAGUAAUUCAAAUGCAUACACUUAAUGGGAUCUAAUUUUCAACUUUUGAAUCAAUAGCUGUUGACUAGUACUAAGACAUUAAAUACAUAAAUAUUUUCUCUUGAAGUUUACUUUUUAACUGUAGGUAGUAAAAACUAUAUUUGAACUUCUGAAAAUAUCAGGUACAAAUUAGCUUUUGUUCCCAAUUAAAAUGACUUGAUUUUUGGUAAGAAUACUCAUGACUCAAGUUAGAAAACUACAACUACACAUAGUAGACUGAAAAAGAGAGCAUCCUAUCAAUGCACUAUUUUUUUAACAAUUUAUUUAUUUAUGCAUACAGGAACUGGGGUCUAGGCCAGAGGUGUAAGGGGAGGGGGGCGGUGAGAGGAUUUACCAGAGAGAGUGGGGAGCAGAACAGGUGGAUCUAGUGAAAUACACUGCUGAGGGGAGCAGAGGGUAAGGCAGGAGAGGUCUGCUGCACCAUGUGGGUUGCUCCCUAGCCAGCUGGGGAUCAAACUCAUCAAACUCAUCAAACUCGCUGGUAGCUUGUAGUGCUGUCUUUAACCCCUGAGCCACCAGAGAGGCCCUCAGUGCACUUGACAAUCAAGUCAGGAUUUUGUUGAUCAUGAAAAUUUUUUAGAUGAAAAGGCAGAAAUUACAAAACUACCUUUGAAGUGCUAUGAAGUUUUAAAACUUUAUCUCUGGAUAAGCUCUGAUAAUGCUUAUUAAUGGCCUCUGGCCCAAACUAUCAGGUAAUAUGUGAGAGCAAUAGCGAGAUAACCACCCAAGGACUUGGUAAUAAGAUACCCCCAGAGAUUUAAAAAAAAAUUACAUUAACAUACGAUGAGAAAUGAUAUGAACUCAUUUGAGUAAAGAAAAUGUGGGUAGAAAUAGUCAAUUUACCAACAUAGAAUUUGGAGGAAAUGAAUGACAGUGUCUGUACAAUAUUCUCCAUGGGGGGGAGGUACUAAGUCCCAAGAGAUGAGAGAAAUUUGGUGACCAGAAGUGUUCUCUACUUCAGAUGGGAUCAGUUUAUCAUGACUUGAUAUAUAUGACUUGGUAAGAAUAUACCUGGAGACCUGCCUCUUAAUUUGGCUCUAAUUGCAGGCUUAACUGAACCACUUUCUGAUUCUUAAUAUGACCUUUAGGCUAUCAAGGUUGAGGGCACCAGAAUUCUAUUCUGUACAUAGUAAAUUUAGAGAGACUUUCUGGUUUGUAUAUUAGUCUCAUGUGAAUUUAGGAUGUAGUUGUGCCCCUGAGUCUGUCAGUUUAAUCUUUGAUUUAGCCUAUGAUAUAAAAAUUCUGAUAAAAUACAGUUUCUGCCCUUUAGAACAAAGAACCAAAGUUAAAUGCUAAAUGGAGGGCCUCCCCGGUGGCGCAGCGGUUGAGUGCUGGGUUGUGAAGCUGCCCGCAGCCUCUGCAGUGCCGGUUCGAUCCCCGGCUGCUCCCCGGCCACUGGAGGAGGGUCCCACAUGGCGCGCAGACCUCUCCUGCCGCCCGCUACUCCCCUCAGCAGUGUACUU